UUCAGACUCUGGAGCCAAAGCCGGGGCAGCAGUCUUCCGGCAGCGCAGUCGUCGCUCGGCUGCCUUUGAGUUAACAACGCAGAGUCGCUCGCCAGACGCCAGCAAGUCGCGUACAAAUCGCUCGCGAUUUCAAACUCGUUUCUCGAACAGGACAACGAAUUUCGCGAACUGAAACGCAAAGUUUUGAAUCAUUUAUUCGGCAGUCCAUCGGGAAUACUUUUAAUUCAAUGAAACAAAAUUAGAGUGUGUGCGAAUAACAAAAAAAUAUACAAAAAAUUGUGCCUGAAGUGCCUGCAUCUACCGGAUUUAAUAGAUAACACAGAUUGAAAUAUUUAUUUUGAAACCCAUUUAAUAUUCAAUACACCGAGUGCCAAAGAGAAAUGUUGUGUGCGGUGCGUGAACCACAACAGCAACAAAUAGAGUAAAUAAAUAUUAAAUAGGAGUAGAUCAAAUAUGUAUUAAAAUCCAUCUGCCAGUAAUCGUCGUUGAAUGAAAUAUUCAUGGCAAGUGCAAGCUGCAGAUGGCAGAUGAAAAUUGAAAAAUUGUAAAAUAGAAAAAUUGAAAAAUCACAGCAGCGCAUGAAAAAGUUGUGGCGAAAGUUCGCAUUUGUUUCGCAUUCGGGGCCUUGUUGCCAACAUUUGAGAGUCCAUAGUUUUCCGGCUUUUCGCAGUGACGCCUGCGCAGCUGACUGAAAAAUUCUAAUUGGAUACUUUUCUGGCGAACGGACACAGGAAGCGGAAGUUGGCUGCCACUCUACACCACCACCACCAACAGACUAACCAGCGAGGAAGAACCUGUCCAUGGAUUUAUGAGAUCCAGACCUAUGAGGCCGAAGCCCACCGACUGAGGUCCGCCCGCAGGUAGAAAAUGGCGGACGUUUACAGGGAUGACAGCAGCACGCUGCGCUCCGUGUUCCCCAACUCGCGGCUGGGAUCCCUGGCCGGAAUGGAGAGUCAGCUGCCGGGUCCGCUGGAUGCGGACUCGGAUCCGAAUGCGGGAGCAGCCACCACGGUGGGCUACGACCCGUACGACGAGGACUGGUGGGCCAAUGCCAUCGAGGUGGACACCUUCGAUUCCCCGCUGGCCUUCGACGCCAGCGAGAACGGACUGUGGAACGGGCACUUUGUGCCGCCGCCGCCCCGCCCGCCCUUCCUGGAUGAAAGCGUCGCCGCCGACGGCCUGACCACCUGCGAUCUGUGCACGUGGGCUUGGCAGCGGAAUGCCUACUCCCUGGACGGUUCCAUAGAUACCGCCGGCGAACUUGGAUGGGCAUUCACCCUAAUCAUAGUUUCAAUCAUAUCGGCUCUCAUAGGUGCUAUUGUAAUGGUCAUAGUUCUAAGAUGUAGAAGAAUUAAAUCAGCGAAUGCCAACGGUGGUCGCCCGCAGCCUUGGUGGUGUCGCAACAAUCGAAACGGUGGCCAGAACCGAUCCCCCAUCUCGAUCAAGCACUCGGCGGACAGCAUCCGGCGGCCCACCAGCAACUCCGGCGUGUGGACCUGGCUGGGCGGCAGCCGCCGCUCCUCAGCCGGACCGGACCAGAUCGGGCCGCCGUCGACCUCCCCGGCUGAGAACCACUACACCCACAUGGACGAUGCCUACAGUCCGGUUGGCGUUAAUGAGGCCCUCUAUGCAGAGUUGGAUCGCGAAUCCGUGCGCUCCGCCAAUCCCUCCUACCAGAACACGGCCUACAGCCAAUGUGGCGAGAAAUACAAUUUCCAGGGCCAUGAACAGGACAUUCCCAUGGUGGUCUCCUCGGCACCGAGCAGUGCCUACUACUCCGAUCUGUCGGUGACCGCCAUGCCCGGCGGGGCGAGUGGCAGCAACCAGGGCGCCUACGAAAUAGUUGGUCUGAACGUAAUGUCCCAGCCCCUGCCCAACUGGGAUCACCAUGGCGGGGUGGGCGUGGCCCUGACCGGCGUGGGCGGCGGGACAGGACUGACGCCCGGCGAGGCGGCCGCCAUGACGCAGCGGCGGGGGCCACGACUGGCGGCCAUCAACGAGACCAGCACCAGCACAGUGCCCUCGGACUACGUUUAAGGAAAUAAUAAAGAUGAAAAUGAAAACACAUUUGUGAAAUGUUCAGCGAGCUUAACAUGUUAAUAGCAUACAGAAUAGAUGUUAUAUACACCCCAUAGCGUUACGUAGGGUUAAAUUUACGAUAUAUAAUAUAUAGGGUAUACCACUUAGUGCUUAGCGUGGACUCGUGUCUUUGGUUAAUGUCUGAUCGAGAAUUGUCAUCUGUACCCGUUCCGAUGUAGGGAUAUAUUUAUACACACUUACAAGGCGAGAAUGUAUUAUAAUGUCUAGUGUUUAUAUAGUCUGUAAGCAACGAUUUAAUCGUGGGUGAUAUUUAGCCUAAAAAUAUGCUAUAUUCUUAUGUUCUACGUACUUUAAACAUUUUCUAAAAAUGUAAAAUCGACAACAAACGCAUUUUUCAUAGGCUAAGCUAAGCUAUCUGAGAGGAUAUCUGAGAGGACAGGAAUGGAAUGGCAGGCUGGCCGGCAGGCAAGGAACCGUAUUUCCCCCCAGGAUCAGUACAUAUUUAAUAAACAACGUAUACCACAUAUUUAUACACGCAUAUUUACAACAGCAACUAGCAAGAAAAACAGAAACUCAUUUAACUCACGAAUAUUAUACUAUAUCUAUACCAAUUACUGAGGAAACGUAUUUACAACGAUUUUAACGCAAACAGAUUUCAACGUAUUUACCGAACUUUGCAGUCGGGGGAAAUGAUCGUCAUAUCAUUUACGACACCAUAUACAUAUGAAUACAUAGCUAUCUAUAUACCAUAUACAAUAAACGGACUCACUCACGCGACCCCUAGCAGAGGUACUUUAGUUCUUAGUUUCGCUCGGAGGGGGUCCUCGCCGAUCCCUGGCCGACUAAUUUAACGACACGCCAGAACACACACACAAUUCCUGUACAUUUUUGUUUUAGUUGAAAAUAUAAUUAAACAAUUUACUGAUAUUUACAUUCUGAAUCCC